AUGUCAAUUCCAUCGGCUUACUUUGGCGAGAAUGUGAAGUGGAGUUUGUUAGGUUACUUGAAGUAUCGAGAGAAGGCUGAAGACUUUUCGAUGGACAAAGCAGUCGAACAUCGAAAUUAUCUUAAAGAUCUUGAAUAUGUUAUUUCGACUACAGAAUCUGGAAGAUGCCGUGAGCAAGCAGCAGAUGAAAGACAAUCUCUCGGUGUGAAGAUCUUCUGGCAAAGGGUACAAUAUACUGCUGGUGUUUUAGAGAUGGCUAUUGUCGAUAGAGUGCAACAACAGCAUAUCUUAACAGAGAAAAUCACCAUGACCAUGGAGCAACGGUUCACUGGCGGAGAAAAUACAUGUAAUAAGAGACAAAAGCUUAGCAAAACUAGAUACAAGGAUGUCGUUACAACAAAUUCUCAUGAAUCAUUGGAUGCUGACAAUUUUCAUAAAAUUGACCCUGACAACAUAGUGGACUUAACAGAGAUCUUAGAAAGUCAUGAUGACUUUGAAUUUGAUUUAAAAGAAUUCAAUUCAAUUUUCAAUGCAUCUGAUGUACAGUGUGCUCGUAAAGAAUGGUAUAGACUUGUUGGCAAACUAGCUGUAAUGCCUCCAGAUGAUGUGAACCAUCCACGUUGGAAAUAUGCUGUUGAUGUUAUAAACGCAUAUUUAACAGAGUUUGAGUUGGGGUGUCGGCUUUUACAAAAUCGGAACUUGUCAGAGCAUAUGUAUAGUUGUAAUUUUAUUGAGCCAGUUAUUGGAGGUGCAAUCCGGAGUAUCAAUCUCUUAGACUGUACGUGGGGUGAAGUAGAUGUUCAGAGCACAGCAGAACGAAAAAAUGAAGGAAAAGACUUGUUAAUAGAAGUCAAUGAAAUUGGACAUAAUGCAGAUGGAGUCAUUCGCAUAAAUAAUAACAAUGCAUAUGAAAUUGGCAUUCUAGAGGUUUCAUAUAGUCCACUCAAGAAGGAUCUAACAAAGGAUGCCAAUGAUCUGUUUAAAUUGAGACGAGAACUAAAAGAUUGUCUCAACUACAUUAUAAAAAAGGAGACACGUGCAGGACGAGGAGACAUACGUCCAAAUGAACUAAAAAUUGUUGGCAUGCAUUCCAGUGGCUUUACUGUAAAGGUUUUUGUAAUGGAACUUUGCAACCGAAAAUAUGUUAUUAAGCCCUAUGGUCAAUUUGAUAUUCCUGCUAACUUUCAUGACAUUCACUGCUUGCAGCAUGCAAUGGCAGUAUGUUGGCAGACACGGAAUCUGCUUAUUGGCACUGCUCAAUCUCUGAAGCGGAACAAGUACCAGAAAAAAAAAGGUGAUAGACCUAACGAAACAAAAAUUGAGUGA